CGGCGGGACAGCUGCGUCCGCGAGGCCGGGGAGGCGCGCGAGGAAUGCGGCGCGAGCUGCGCACCGGGACUUUUAUGGAAACUUGCAUCGCCCGGCGCCGGAGCCGCAGCCAAGGGGCGAGGAAGCGAGAGAAGGAAGAGCAGGAAGAGGAGUAGCAGCAGCAGCAGCAGAGACGGGAGCCGCGGCGGCAGACGCUCCCGAACCUCCUUCCCGCCCACCCACCUAGGCAGACAGGCCGCCACCCGCUGGGAUUAACUGCUGCAGGCUGAGAGAAGAGGAAGGCGACGACAACAAGGAGGAGGAGGAGGAGGCGCGAGGGGCCCUCAGGUGAAAACUGAAAACAUACUUUUUUGCACACAUCUGUUGCUGGAUCACAGAAGAUAGCCAUGAAUGACGUUGCACAGAAGGCAGAGAUUCUGCUUUCUUCAUCUAAACCUGUCCAAAAGUCCUAUGUGCCCAAACUUCGAAAGGGUGAUGUAAAGGAUAAAUUUGAAGCCAUGCAGAAAGCAAGGGAAGAAAGAAAUGAAAGACGAUCUAGAGAGGAAAAGCAAAGAAGAAAAGAACAAUAUGUUAGAGAGAAAGAAUGGAACAGGCGAAAGCAGGAGAUGAAAGAACUGCUUGCUUCUGAUGAAGAAGAAGACGUGUCCUCUAAAGCAGAAAAAGCUUACGUUCCAAAAUUGACAGGAACUGUCAAAGGGAAGUUUGCUGAAAUGGAAAAGCAGAGACAAGAAGAAGAACGAAAAAGAAUGGAGGAGGAAAGGCAGAGAAGACUUGAACAGGACCUGAUAGAGAAAAGAAAAAUUCAGAGAGAAUUAGCAAAGAAAGCACAAGCGAUUGAUGAACAGUUAAACAAUUCGGGAACUGAAUCGGCAUCGGAGGAAGGUGAUGAUUCUUUGCUAGUGACAGUAGUUCCUGUAAAACCUAGCAAAACACCUGGCAAGAUGAAAAUAAGUUUUGAGGACCUAGAGAGAGAAAGAGAAGAACAAGAAAGACGAAAACAUGAAGAAGAAAAGCGUUUGAGAUAUGAGCAGGAAAAGCAGGCUCUCAGGGAAGUCAAAUAUUUUUCACCAGAUGCGGAUGAAGAUGAAGAACCUGAUGAUGAAGGAAAAGAUUCUCCAUCUCCCAGUAAAGUGAAAUUAACAUUUGAGGAACUGGAAAGACAAAGACAAGAAAACCAGAAGAGGCAAGCAGAAGAGGAGGCAAGGCUACGUUUGGAAGAAGAAAAGCGUGCCUUUGAGGAAGCAAGGCAGCAAAUGGUAAAUGAUGAAGAUGAUAGUGAAAGUGAAAAUUCUGCCAAGGAAUUCCAUCCUGCAAAACUGAUACUUACCUUUGAGGAAUUAGAAAGGCAGAGGCAAGAAGAAGAAAAAAGGAGGACAGAAGAGGAAGCCAGAAGGCGCAUAGAAGAGGAGAAAAAGGCAUUUGCUGAAGCCAGAAAAAAUAUGGGCCUAGAAGAUGAGCCUUCGCCCAUGUCAAAAACUGUAUCACAAGAAUCUCUCACACCUGGAAAACUGGAAAUCAACUUUGAGGAAUUACUGAGACAAAAAAUGGAAGAAGAAAAGAGGCGUACGGAGGAAGAACGCAGGCAAAAAAUGGAAAUGGAGAAGCAGGAAUUUGAACAGCUAAGACAAGAAAUGGGAGAGGAGGAAGAGGAGUGUGAAACCUUUGAACUUAGCAGAGAAUAUGAGGAGCUAAUAAGAUUGAAAAGAAGUGGUUCAAUUCAAGCCAAGAAUCUGAAGAAAAAGUUUGAAAAAAUUGGGCAGUUGUCUGAAGAAGAAAUCCAGAAAAAAAUCGAAGAAGAGAGAGCAAGGAGGAGAGCUACGGAUCAGGAAAUAAAAGAAAGGGAAGCAGAGAAGUUUCAGGAAGAAGGUGAAGUAGAUGUGAAGCCUGCUGCAAAAUGUGAAGCUCCAUUUACCCACAAGGUUGACAUGAAAGCCAGGUUUGAACAAAUGGCGAAGGCAAGGGAAGAGGAAGAGCAAAGGAGGAUUGAAGAACAAAAAAUGCUACGCAUGCAAUUUGAGCAAAAGGAAAUUGAUGCCGCAUUGCAAAAGAAAAAAGAAGAGGAGGAAGAGGAAGAAGGCAGCAUUGUUAAUGGCUCAGUAUACGAAGAUGAAGAACAGCAAGCACGCUCAGGGGCUCCGUGGUUCAAGAAGCCUCUUAAAAAUGUGUCUGUUGUGGAUAGUGAACCUGUGAGGUUUACUGUGAAAAUAACUGGAGAACCAAAGCCAGAAGUUACAUGGUGGUUUGAAGGGGAAAUGCUGCAGGAUUGUGAGGACUAUCAAUAUAUUGAGAGAGGAGACACAUAUUGCCUAUACUUACCAGAAACUUUCCCAGAAGAUGAAGGGGAAUAUAUGUGUAAAGCAGUAAACAGUAGAGGAACAGCAGCUAGCACAUGCAUUCUCACCAUUGAAACUGAUGACUAUUAAAGUAUGCUUUUUCUGGAGCCUUCCUUCCCUAAAUUUUACUGCAUUCAUCUUUUCCUUCUGUGGCGGGGCCAACAAGAAGUUGUCUAUCAUUCCUCAAAUAAGAUACUCAACUUUCCUGAAUCCCUCUUGGUUUCAGACUGGAAAUUGGCAACAGAAGCUGGUUUUAUUUAGGAUACAGUGGCUUAAUCUACACAUGUAACCAGCACAAGUGGCUUAUGCCACCUUAGUGCUUCAAGUGCCAGAUAUUUUCCAUUAGACCAAUGAAGCUGUUCAUACAAAGCAGUCUGGCAUAUGGUUCCAGCGGCUUUCCAUCAUGAAUUAUAUGCACUAGUAUGAAAUGUGAUCCAAGUGUAGAACUGGUUGUUCAACAAGCCACCUGCUCUCUUAAGAACCUUAUUGUCAGUGUGGUAAAAUUAAGCCAAAGUGAUAAGAAAAAGCAAAAUUCAAGCAGUGUUCCUAGAGCCAAAGACUCAUUAAUUCAUUCUCCACAAAAAGUUGAUGUUUAUUUUUCUGGUCCUGGAAGCUUUGUGGGGCAAUAAGUAUGUUCUUGGCUAAACUAUUAAGAAGCCAAAAUGUCAUGUAGUGGUUUAAGUUAGGCUUUGUUGAAUGCAACAUUUUCCUUUUCUUUUGUGUUAAUAAAAUUACAUCAAGAUUUAUAUCCAGUUUAUAAUAAUGGCUUGAAGACAGAUUUAUGUAACUACAAACUAUACGCACAGUUCUAAGUUCAAGUUAUUUGAAAUCAAACAUUUACAUUUAUUAGACAGUAGACACUGUCAAGCAUCUAACUUGAAAUACUGAACCAUAUAGGAAUAAUUCAUAUUGAAGAGGUUAGCAUUAUAAUAGUGGAUGGAUUUUCAAUGUUGCAUCUCAUCUUGUAUAAUUUAGAAUCAUCUCACUACAUUAUUUACUACUAUAUGAUUCAUAUCCCCCCCUCCCAUUUCUGAAGUAAACAGAUUUUACACCUGUGGUUUCUGCAAUAUGGGACGUAAUUAAGUGAACUCCAAUACAGGCUAAUACAUGCACUGGAAACUCAGAAUGAAGAGAUGUGAUACAUUUGCAGAAUCUUCCAUUUGAUUUUGAUGUAACAUUACAUUUCUUGGGCAGAACUUAGAUUCUUACAUUUUAUGCAAGAGAUAAUGGUUUCUCAUUGAACGUGACAGUGUUUCAAAUCAAUUGUUUGUAUGCUGAAGUAAUAGGAAGGUUAAUAAAUAUGUUCGGUUCCUA